AUGGACGGCAUCCUGUUGGCAUAUUCGAUUACCGAUAGACGGACGUUCGAUAACCUGGACAAAUGGGUCCAAGAAGUUGCUCGUGCAAGGAAAAACAAGUAUCUCCCCAUGGUCAUGGUCGCGACAAACUGCGACAUGGAGGAAGAUAGGCAAGUCCCAAGCGCUGAGGGCCAAGAAUUUGCGAUUAAGAUGCAAAUUCCGCAUUUCGAUACCUCUGCUAAAUUGGGAGUGAAUGUAGUACCGGCCAUCGAAAGACUUGUCAGACUUAUCAGGAUCGAUAAAGAAGUGAUCAAGAUCGAUAAAAAGGUGCAAGAUCGUGCUUGGACUUCAUUGCUUUCGACCCGAUUCUUGUACAGUCCUGACUUCGGCCUUGCAAACAUGAAAAAUUUGAGCCGUAAGGCCCGCAAGGGCUCAAAGAUGCAACUUUACAGGAUUAUGAUAAUAGACGACACCUAUCGUAGGCAAUGCAUUAUCGACGAUCAGCCUAUUUUUCUUGAAUUGCUAGAUCCAGUCCCGUAUCCUGACUUUUGGGAGCAGCUGUACUUUAGAGAUUUACAGAUGGUGGACGGCAUCCUUUUAGCGUAUUCGAUCACCGAUAGACUGACAUUCGAUAACCUGGACAAAUGGGUCCAAGAUGUUGCUCGUGCAACGAGAAACGAGCGUUUCCCCAUGGUCAUGAUCGCGACUAAGAGCGACAUGGAGCAUGAUAGGCAAGUCCUAAGCGCUGGUCAGUCCUUUCACAUAAACUGUAACACGUCUGAUCAUACCUCCGAAGAGAGCCGAGAAUUCGCUACCAAAAUGCAAAUUCCCCAUUUCGAUACCUCUGCUAAAUUGGGAGUGAACAUAGAUCCAGCUGUUGAAAAACUUGUUAGACUUAUCAGGGUCGAAAAAGAGGUGCACUCCCUGCUUCUGCUGUCAUUGCAUUUACUCAUUCGCUUGGAUAGAAAAACCCUACAACGAUUUCAGAGAGCAUUGACCGACCACGCAGUUGGCGGUAUUCAAGACCAGGACGGGGAUAGCAAAUUUGAAUCCAAUGCAAGACCGUUGUCCAGCAAUGAAGGUCAUAAGGUUCGCCCACACGCCUGGCGCAGCAAGGACACUUGGAGGAAGCUCAUUGAGCCACCUAUUCGGGCUGUAAUGCAUACAAAAUGA